AUGGCUUCGACACAGACAACAACACCUUCAACCUUACCAGCGUCGUUACCGGCGUCGUUCCCAACGUCGUUCCCAACCUUAGCCUCUUCGUUACCACUUUGGACUCGAUUUAAGAAUGAGCGGAUGGGAAACUUUCGCCCAAUAGGCGAGUUCCUUGAUAGAAACAGACUAUCAAAACCAAAUGGAGUGGGAGAAAUCACUCAACGGCUUUCCUAUAAUUUGACGUAUUUCCAAUCAAAUUACAUCCUCGUUGUUCUCGGAUUAUUGAUAUACUGUCUGAUAACCAAUUUCUGGUUACUAUUCACCAUUAUAUUUUUGAUUGUUGGACUUAACUUUAUCCGGAAACUACCGCCAGAUCAACCAUACGUCUUUCAACAAUAUGUGAUUACUCAGAAACAGCUUUAUACCUGGUUGUUUGGGAUUUCGAUCCCGCUUUUGUGGAUAUCGUCUGCUGGGUCGGCAAUAUUUUGGAUUAUUGGCGCGUCGGCAACUUUAGUGUUAGGUCACGCAAGUCUCCUUGAACCAGGUGUCGAUAAUGGGUUCGUCGAAGAGCAAGGUGGAGAGUUCGUAGAAAUGGGAAUGGGAGUAGAGGUUUUAGGUGGAGGGUG